AUGGCAAUUGUGGACAUACUACCUGAUCUGCCGGUUUCGCGAUGGCUCAUGGCCAUCGUGGCUGUGGCCGGCGUGCUGCUGCUGGCCAAAUCCGUCUUCCUACGCCCGAGAAGGCCCAUGCCCCCUGGACCACCCGGUGAGCCUCUCCUGGGCCACCUUCGCGUCAUCCCCUCAGAGCACCCAGAGUACCAGUAUGCGCGCUGGGGAAAAGAGUACGGCUCCGAUAUUCUCGGCUUCACCGUGCUGGGCCGCCCGAUAGUGGUGCUCAACAGCGUUGAGGCUGCCCGCGACCUCAUGGACAAGAAAGGCGCAAACUACGCGGACAGACCCCGUUUCGUGCUGUUCGAGGUCAUGGGCUGGGGCAUCACCUUGACGUUCUUGCGGUGGUCGCCGCGUUUCAAGCUGCACCGGAAGAUGCUGCAACAGUCUUUCACGCCGUCCGCGUGCAAGGCCUACCGCCCGAUCCAGGUGGAGGAAACACGCCGUUCGAUCAAGGCCAUUCUACAGCAACCGGAAAAGUGGGAGGUGCUCCUGCGACAGUAUUCUCAGGCCGUGGUGCUCCGCAUUGGAUUCGGCAUCCAAGUUGAGGAGAAGGACGACCCGUAUGUUCGGAUGGCCAUCGAUGUUGAAGAGGCUACGGGCGAGGGCGGCGUGCCUGGCGCCAGCUUGGUGGAUGUCUUUCCCCCCUUGCGCCAUAUUCCCAACGCCUUGGCCCGUCUGAGCAGCGUGUUGAGGCCACUCGAGCAUGCGCGCCGGACUAAGCCUACGAUCCAGCAACUGCACGACGCUCCAUGGGACGCAACCGAACCAUCUAUUCGUGCCGGAAAGGCGAUGCAGCCUUCGUUCAUGCUCACCCACUUCGGGCGCUACCUCGCCAACGAAGCCAGCGGAAACCCCAACGAUGCCACCAUCGACGACAUCAAAGGCGCCGCGGGCGCCAUAUCCAUCGCUGGGGGUAACACGACGUGGUCGACAAUCAUCGUCUGCGUCCUUAACCUCAUGCUGCAUUCCGAGGUGCAAGCCAAGGCGAGAGCCGAGAUCGAGUCUGUCAUCGGCCUGGAUGAGGAUGGCCAUAUUCUCCGACUGCCGACAUUCGAAGACCGUCCCCAAAUGAAGUACCUUGAGUAUAUCCUUCAAGAGACUACACGUUGGGCGCCCCUGUCGCCUUUGGGUGUGCCUCACGCGACUGUCUCUGACGAUACGUACAAGGGCUACUUUAUCCCGGCCGGCUCGACAGUCUACGCCAAUGCCUGGGCCAUGUCGCGGGACGAGCGGUUCUACUCCUCACCUGAGGAUUUUGAGCCCGAACGGUAUGCGCCUGUCUCGGAAGGGGGAAAGGGGGAGCCACUUCCGGACGGAGCAUUUGGGUUCGGCAGGAGGGUGUGUCCGGGUCAGUACCUGGCGAUGGCUGGGGUUUAUAUUCUCAUCUCGACGCUCCUGGCUACGUCGGAUCUGAGUUGCCCUGUUGACGGGGAAGGAAAGGAGAUCAAGCCGCAUGUGUCAUUUACGAACGGGUUGAGUGGAGUUCCAGACAGUUUUCCUUGUGUGAUCAGACCUCCCUCUGAUCGCAUGAUGAGCCUGCUGGAGAGCUCAUGGUAA